CUGCAGGAUGAGACCCUGGGCGUGGUGUCGGUGCCCUCCCAGUGGAGGAACAUCCAGGACAGUCUCGGGGAGUCGAAAAGCUGCCAGACAGCCGGGAUCGCCACAGCUGAGGUAUCCACCCAGGCCCGGAAGCAGGCUGAUGUGGAGGUGCAGACCGAGGCCCCGGCGCCCAUCAGCCUGCUGUCUGCAUCCCAGCACGACAGCCCCCGGCUUGCAGCCUUUCUGCAGAGGGUGGAGGGCAUGGUCAUCCAAGAGCUGAACAAGAAUCGACAGAGCCACGCGUUUGAUGGGUUCGAGGUGAACUGGACUCAACAGCAGCAGACGGUAUCCUGUCUGCACAGCCUGAGCUACCCCGCAGCCCAAGCACAGGGUCUGCAUGUGACCAGCAUCUCCUGGAACACCACCGGCUCCGUGGUGGCCUGUGCCUAUGGCCGCCUGGACGAUGGGGACUGGAGCACGCUCAAGUCCUUUGUGUGUACCUGGAACCUGGACCGACGAUGCUUGAACCCCCGGCAGCCAUCGCUGGUGAUUGACGUGCCCAGCGCUGUCAUGUGCCUGGCCUUCCACCCCUUUCAGCCAGCUCUUAUUGCAGGGGGGCUGUACAGUGGUGAGGUGGUGGUAUGGGACCUGAGUCGUCCUGAGGACUCCCUGCUCUGGUGCACAGGCCUGACAGAUGACACACACACAGACCCAGUAUAUCAGGUGGUGUGGCUGCCCAUGCCUAGACACAGCCUCCGGUUCCAGCUGCUGAGCGCGGCCACUGACGGGAAGGUGCUGCUCUGGCAGGGGGUCGGCUCGGGGCUGCUGCAGCUCACCAAGGGCUUUGUGACAGUUGUGCAGCAACUUCCCCGGAACACCAAGCUGAAGAAGCCAAUCCGGGGAGAGACUGAGGUGGGUGUCACAGCCGUGGCUUUCUCCAGCUUUGACCCCAGCCUUUUUGUUCUGGGCACGGAAGGCGGCUUCCCACUCAAGUGCUCCCUGGCAGCAGAGGUGGCAGCCCUCACGCGGAUGCCCAGCUCUGUGCCCCUGCGGGCACCAGCGCAGUUUACCUUCUCUCCCCAUGGAGGUCCCAUCUACUCUGUGAGCUAUUCUCCCUUCCACAGGAACCUCUUCCUGAGUGCAGGGACCGACGGCCACGUCCACCUGUACUCCAUGCUGCAGGCCCAGCCCCUGAUGUCACUGCAGCUGUCUCAUAAGUACCUGUUUGCUGUUCGCUGGUCCCCAGUGCGCCCCUUGGUUUUUGCUGCUGCUUCUGGGGAAGGUGACGUGCAGCUGUUUGAUCUUCAGAAAAGCUCCCAGAAACCCACAGUCUCUAUCAAGCAAACACAGGACACAAGCCCUGUCUACUGCCUGGAGUUUAACCACCAGCAGACUCAGCUUCUGGCUGCUGGGGAUGCCACAGGCACCGUGAAGAUCUGGCAGCUGAGCACCGAGUUCAUGCAACAAGGGCCUAGGGAAGCAGAGGACUUGGACCAGCUUGUCAUGGAGGUGACCACAUGA